GGCCAACCAGGCCUCGGGGCUGAGGGAAGCAACUAGCCAAUCACGACGCACCGCUGUCCGCAAACCGACCAAUCGCGACGAGGCGGCGUGGUAAAUUCGAAUGCCAACUCCUCGCUCUACAUUCCGCGCUGAGUAACGAGGCUCCAAAUUCAAAUCAACGCAGCCUCACGCUGGCGACGGGCGCGAGGGGGCGGAGCCUGCCCGGCGUGAGCCGGGACGCGCGGUGUGAUUGCCCCGGCGAAAGGAAGGCGCUCCAGUUCCGGGUCAGGUCGCCCGCCUCCCUCGUCCUCCGCCAUGGCGAGCAGUAGCGGCCCCGGGGCGGGGCCGCGGGCUCGGCAGCGAAUCUGAAUGCGGUGAGGGAGACCAUGGACGUUCUGCUUGAGAUUUCAAGAAUUUUGAAUACUGGUUUAGAUAUGGAAACUCUGUCUAUUUGCGUACGGCUUUGUGAACAAGGAAUUAACCCAGAAGCUUUAUCAUCGGUUAUUAAGGAGCUUCGGAAGGCUACUGAAGCACUAAAGGCUUCUGAAAAUACAGCCAGCUGACUUUCUGGAGAAAUCCUGAUGAGAUAUGUCAAGCUCUGCAAGAGAAUUUGAAGAUUGCAUUAUAGUCAAGAAUGUACAGUGAAAUUACUGCAUGCAGCAGUGUAGAAAAAUUUCCUUUUUAAAAAGAAUUAUAAAACCAUAGCUUUAUAAAUCAAAGGAAAGUGGCUUACAAACUAUCAGAUGUGUUCACAUCACAUCUCGUUCCUUUUUUAAACGUCCAUAAUGCUUUGGCAUUGCUGUGUUCGUAUUUAUGUAUUCCUUAUUUAUAACUCUGAUAGCUUUGAUUUUCUAAGUAGUCUGUCUAUCACAUGUGCACAUCUGCUGUGCCUGUAUGAAGUAUAGUGGAACCCAUCACUAGUGAUGUGUAGUAGUUAUGACUUGUUGACAUUUCCAUUAUAAACUUUAAUUUUGAAUUGUUGAUGCAUAAUAACUACAGAUUUAUGUUGUGGUGGGCUGAAAGUUACACAGGACUUCAGCCACCAUUUGUGAGUUGUGAUUCAGAUUCCUUAUGUAUUCUACAUCUUAUUUUUUAAAAUAAGAGUAUAGAAGACGUUUCUUGAAAUCUGCUCUUUGACAGAGAAUAUUUAGUUUUUUAAAUAGGUUCUGGGCAGUUAAAAGUGUGAACCAGAUCUUUUUUGUAUUGACUGAAAAAUAAAACUUCUAGACACUUGGAUUUUAAGAGUAUUGACAGUACUUAGUUAGUAUUAUUUGUAGUUGGAAUCAUUUAAGUCUUAUAAUCUAAGUUUUAUACACUAUAAAGGCUUAGAAAAUAAUGUAUAUAAUGAAAAA